AUGUUAUUUGCUGGGAUACUUUUAUCCAUCGUUGCUGCGGUUGUAUUAAGCGAAGGUGAUGUAGAAAGUGCGGUACGUGAAGUAACAACCACGAAG